AUGAACCAUGGCUACUUGAAGAAUCUUUAUCUUCAGCAACUUGAGACCGGGCAAUAUUCAGAUGUGUUUAGAGAAAGCCUGCUGAGCAUAGUGUCCAUGAAAAUAAUAAACACAGUCAUAUCUCUUGCUGCUAAGGACAAUGAAGAGGCCCCGUUUAUGGAGCUUCUGGAAUUAUUUCUUCAACAUCUGGAAAGCAAUGCCGUAUUUUACGAAAAGUUUAGAAAGUCAAACUUUCACCUUCUCUUGUUUGAAAGGCCGUUGAAGAUGGAGAGCUACGCAAAAAUGAAGGCCAUUUAUGACAAGGUUGGCGCAAGGAGAGUCGCACCAGGGUUUGAACAAACAGAGUUUCUCAGCAAAAACUUUUAUAACUACUGUCUGUAUAAGCAUAUAUACAAUGACUAUCAGUUUGAUCUUGAGUUGGAUGUGAGAGGGUUGGGCCCUGUGGAAAUGAACCUGUUCAAGGGCCUUCUCAAGAUAAUAUGUAUUGAAAAUAGAGAGAACGAACAUCUUGUUAAUUAUAUAAGGACUCUUCCUAUGGAUACUGCCGUUUUUCUUGCAAUAGUUAUGCCGAACAUCAAGAUAGACGGGUCAAAGCUCUCCCCCGAAGACAUGUUCCUUGUAUAUCCUUCUCAGGUAAGAGGAUCCAGUCCAAAGCAAUUUAUAAAACCGUUUCUAUGCAGCCUGAAUUUCCAUGAAGGAUUUUGCAAGGUCUGUUGUAGGCGAUUACUAGGAUGUGAAUUUGAAGAGAUAGACUGUGAGGAAUAUCUGAGCAGUAUAGCAGGUGACGUUGAAGAGAUAAGCUUUGGAGUAAGCCACUGGGAGAAGAUGAGGACACCCAGAAUACUUACAAUCGUUCUUAGAUCUUUGUUCAAAGAGCCCAGAGGUCUUGAGUGCUACAAACGUCUGAAGUACUUUCCAAUGGAGGAGAAAGGUGAAAUGGAGGAUGUGGUGAUAAGGUUUCUGAGAUACGCAGCCAGUACACUGAGUAUUGAGAAUGUUCAAGUGUCACUCAAGAUGUUCCCAUUUACAAGGCACACACCAAGAAUAUCCUUUUCUUAUUUUGUUGUUUUGUUUGAAGGUCUUCAGAAGCAUUCCGGAAAUGUAUUUUUAAAAAGUGUAGUGAAGAAUGUAGUGAUAAGGAACAAAAGCAAGUUUAUGAAAAUAAGAGCAAUGAUAUUCGAGUAUUGUCUGAAAAAAGGCCUUGAGUCUCUAUCUUAUACCUUGGAAAAUACAAAUAACAGAAUAAGAGGAGACGAAAGAUUGCUAAAGAAAGGCCUAAAUGAAAAAGAGGACAAUGAACUCGAGAGGGUGCUUGGCCCUCUAUCAGAAUUUUUUGAUGAGGAGUGCCAAUCAUUUGUCAGGAACAGCAUGUUUUACAUAUAUCCCAUAAUGUACUCAUUAUCAUUUCCUUGUAACGUAUCAGACCCUGCGUUUACCCAGGCCAACAAUCAUUUUCUGAUUAUAUCUCUUUUCCUUCAAGGAGAAGAAAGCAAAAUAGACGAUAUAGGAUAUGGGAGGGAUGAUCUGUAUGGAAUGGGGGUGGAUGUGAUUGUACCACUUCUGUGCAAUGGGUAUUUCAAGUAUGAUGUUCUGAAGAGGUUUUUUGGAGAUGUCCGGAAAUACAUAAGUGGCCAUGUUCCAAGAUUUCUAUUUGUCUUGAAGAAAGUGUAUGUUGAAAGGCCUUUUGAGUUUCAAGUAUGUGUGUUCAAAGUUCUGAAGUGCAUUAUAGAGGCCAUUUCUGGAAAUGUAAAGAUGCUGUUCAAUUAUCUGUUUCCAUAUAUUGAGUUUUUCAUGAAGAAGCAUGAAGAUUCAUGUGGAACGGACUGUAAGAUGAUCUUUAUUGAAUACUAUUCAUCAUUCUUCGAGAACGAUUGUCUUAUUCGGAACAUGCCAAGGAUAUUUCCAUACCUGGAUGUUGAGAAGAUAAGCAAGUGGAGCAAUGUGAAGAACGAGGAUGAUUGCCUGGACAUAGUUAUAGGGCUUUUGGAUACCAAAGGGCAUUUUCCCCAGGAAACAUCUAUUUCCAAGGCAGUGGAGUUUCUCAUAAGAACAUUUGGAAGCAUUGAGAAGGAUGAGGAAUUCAAUGAGGAGAGCUUUGUGGAGAAUAUCCUUGUACGGUUUUUUAAGAGCCAGACAUUCAGGAUGAAGAUUGGAAACGUUUACAAAGGAUUAGUAGGAGCAGGAAGCGAUGCAGCAUUUAUGAUUGGAUGUAUAUCUCAAGAGUUUUUAGAACAAGGAGGUUUUCCCUCUGCCUGUGAUGGUUUUGUUGUUCAAUGCACUCCAGAGGCAAUUGCUAGAGUGAUGAUUGAGAAAUACCUAUCUGAGAUAGAUCCUGGAAAGCAAGAUCUUUAUUUCUUCAUAAUACAAGAGGGGCUAAAGUUUAUUAAAGGGCCCUUAAGUGAAAGAAUAGAAGAGAUUGUCGAGCAGUUCAGGAGCACACAAUACUCCUAUGAACAUAUGCCUUCUCAUUCAACGGAAAGGGUAUAUGAAAAAACGUAUACCUUUAAGAAGUUUCUUCAAAGGGUUUACCGAUAUUCCCUUGGAGAGAUUGAAAGGGCUAAUAUGAACGAUUAUUUUAAUCUUCUUAAAUAUGGAGACCUACUUGACACUCAGUUUCUGGAGUUUCACUGUUUGUGCCUAGGUAGGCUGGUUUUGAAUAUAGGAGAUAAGCGGAUUCUGGACAUAUCCCAAGCCAUAGCCUCUGAUUUGCAGGGGGGUGUAGACAGAAGAAUUGCAAGAUUCAUUUUAAAGCUACACAGGUUUACAGAUGGAAAGUAUAUCUCUGAUCAGGAGAUUCUCAAGAUAUCGAUUUUCCUCAAAGAUCAUUACAACUCCAUCCAGGUUUUGGAAAAGAUGAUAAGAAAGGAAAGAAGAAGAGAGCUUUUUGAUGCUCUGCAAUAUUGCUAUUACUCCAUCAAAGACUAUGACAAAGUACUAGGGAUAAACUCUGUGUUCGCUAGACCAACACUGAUAAACCUGUUCUUCAAGUUCUGUAUGGAUAAGAACUUUGUAGCAGCAAGAAGAUGCUUAGAAACUGAGAUGGUGGCAGGGCAUGACGGAACAAGAGAGGAGGUUGGAACAGAUGGCGGAGAUUCUGUGAUACAAGACUUAGAGUUAAAAGCUUUGUUGUCUGAGAUCAUAGACGAAUGCCAAGAUGAUGAAGUCAUAAAGUUUAUGGAUGAUUGCAAAAGAAUAGAAAGGGAUUUUUCUGAGUGGAAGAGCUUAGUAAGUAGAAACGAAAUAUUUCGGCACUUCAUAAAGGAUUGUGAACUUGUAUCUAAGAGUGGAAAUCUACUUAAGACCUUGGACUUGAUAGCAGGGAGAAGAGAGCUGGCUGGAGAUAAUAGAAUGCUUCUGGAAUGCCAUGAAAGUCUUGUGGCUGGGAUAAAAUCGAUGAUAAAUUCAAGGGAUGAUAUAUCAUGUGAUGAAGUGCUUGAGUCUUUGGUUGGCUCGGCAAGGCAGGACAUCACAGAGGGCCUCAGCCAGGGACUUCAUAGCAAGGAAUACUUUGAUGAUUUUGCAUCCGUAGAUAUGGUUCUGAAGGAAAGACGUCCUGAAAGGAUAGGGUACAUGGAUAGAAUCAAGGCUGGAAAAGCAAGCAGAUAUAGUACUGUGGAUGAGUUUGAAAGAGACCUAAAGCUUGCAAUGAUAAGAAGCUACAGAAAAGACAAUGAUGUGAGCAGAUGCAUGCAGGAGAUUGGAGAUAUGCUUCUCAAAAGAGAAUGGUGUGUACUAUAUGAGUUAGCAGAGAUGAAUGUUCUGCAAGGAAAGAUAAGCGAUGCGAAGUCGUCUCUUAAAAAGGUUUUGGAGUUGUUUCCAAGAACAUCGUUGUUCCACAGAAAGGCUCUGAUCCGGUAUGCUGAGCUUGUAGAUACAAAGACUGGAUAUGAGUCUGCAUUAUCCACUCUGAAAGAUUCUGGAAAGCUGUUUCUUCUCGGAGCCAAGAAGUUUGAAAGCACAGAGCCUGUCAAAGCAAUGGAGAUGUAUAUUAAUAGUAUAGUGCAUGAUAAUCAAUAUUCUGAUGAAGCUGUUCCUAGAAUAUUUCACCUAUUUUCUGAGAUGACGCCAUCGAAAGAUAUCAAUGCAAGUGGGCUGCUGAUAAAGAAGCUUCUGGAAUCCUGUAUAUCAUUGCUCCCUCCAUAUUACAAUCAGAUUCUCUCUAGAUUAAGCCACCCGAAUCAAGAUGUGGCAGAAGUAGUGUCUAGAACUGUACUCGAGCUUAUGGAGAACUAUCCAAGUAAAACGUUCUGGAGGUCUCUGAUAAUGAUGAACUCGCAAGUCCCAAGCACAAGAAGGCGCAUGGAACGAAUCAUCUCAGAGCUUACACUUGACAACAAGGUAGUUCUAUCUAACGUUAGGAAGAUAUCGGAAGAGCUGGUAAAAAUAUCAAGAUCAAAGAAGAACGAGCUAACUAUACGUGAAGACUUUCCAGGGUUUGUUAAGAUGUUUCCAAUUGAUGCCGUGGUUCCAAACACGAAUAUAUUGAUUGGUGGGGUAAAAGAUGGAGUGAAGGUUUUUAACUCUCUCCAACGCCCUAAAAGAAUAUGCUUUAUAGGAAGUGAUGGAAAAAGCUAUUACUGGCUUUGUAAAAACCAGGAUGAUCUAAGAAAGGAUAGCCGAUUCAUGGAUUUGAAUUUCAUAAUCAAUAGCAUACUCAAGAAGCAGAGCAGUGAGAAUUAUAUCCGAACCUAUACUGUGAUACCAUUCAGCCAUGAGAGUGGGAUUAUAGAAUGGAUUGAUGGGUUGAGCUCACUCAAAGUCAUAUGCGAUUCCUAUUACGCAAAAGAUGGGAUUUCGAUAUCUGAAACAGCGUGCAGGUUUGUGAGCAAUAAGAAGAUAGGAAUGCGAGAAUGGCACAAGGUCAUCUUGAAAUUUCAUCCGAAGUUUCAUUUGUGGUUUAGCGACAACUUUCCACAUCCGUACGGUUGGCUAGUGGCCAGGAAUAACUAUACCAGAACAUAUGCAAUAAUGAACAUUGUGGGAUGGUUUAUGGGACUAGGAGACAGGCAUGCAGAGAAUAUUCUUUUUGAUUCAAAUACUGGGGAUACCGUUCAUGUUGAUUUGAAUUGUAUCUUUGGAAAGGGAAAAGAGCUACAGGUGCCGGAAAGGGUUCCAUACAGACUCACUCAAAACAUAGUAGAUGCAUUUGGGGUACUUGGGCUAGAAGGCUCAUACAAUGCCACCCUUUGCGCAACUUUAGAACUAUUUCUCAAAAACAGGAACAUUCUGGUAUCAAAUCUCUUAUCUUUUGUAUACGACCCUUUGUUUGAGUGGAGAAGAAAAUCCACAACUGCACCAAAGAAGAUUAUCGAGGACCUAUAUCGCAAAAUAGACGACUUAGAUGCCAGUAGCAAAUGUGAUCUGCUGAAUGAGGAAGCAACAAAAGACGAAAAUCUAUCUACGAUGUACAUCGGAUGGCUGCCAUUUGUUUAA